AUGGAGAAGAUAUACGGCGCGGACGAAUUGGAACAAAGACUCUGCGGCCUUCGCUUCCUUGUGGGGCCCGCUUCCUUCUUUCAGACUAACACUCCUGCGUGCGAGGUCAUGUACAAAGCUGUGCUGCAGCUGCUGCUGCCGCUGCCGCCUUCGGGGCCUCUGCUGGACGUCUGCAGCGGAGCGGGCACUAUAGCCCUCUGUGCAGCAGCAGCUAUUAAGAACGCUGCUGCUGCAGCCGGCAGCAGCAACGGCAGCAGCAGUAGCAGCAGCAGCAGAAGGGUAAUUGGAAUUGAGGCGGUUGCUUCUGCUGUUGAGGACGCGAGGCGCAACGCCAAGCUCAACGGGCUAGACACUGACGUCGAAUUCAUCGCAGGGAAGGCUGAGGAUGUGCUGCCGGGCCUCUUAGAAGAGUUCAGCGCCGAGUCAUACAUUUCGGCGGCCGUGGACCCCCCCCGCAUGGGGCUUCACGCGAAAGUGCUGAAGGCUCUGAAGCACUGCAGGCAGCUGGGCAAACUGGUGUAUGUUUCGUGCAACUGCAAAACCCUGGUGGAGAAUCUGUUGGAACUCUGCGCCGAUGACUGCAACGACCCCUUCCAGCCUGUUGCUGCAGCACCUGUGGACAUGUUUCCCCACACGCUGCACUGCGAGGCGGUGGUGCUGCUGGCGAGGCGCAGCAGAGCUGCAGCAGCAGCAGCAGAGUACUCUAGCAGCAAGCGGGCUGCGCUGCUUGCCCUCACCGCCGUCGAGCCCGCACGCGCAGCAGCAGCAGCAGCAGAGGCCGCUACGUCUUCAGAGGAUGAAGAGGAAGCCGCCCGACGGAAGGCCCCUCGCACUCCGCCCAGCAGCAGCGCAAGCAGCAGCAGCACAGGCAGCAGCAGCACAGGCAGCAGCGAAGGCAGCAGCAGCAGCAACUGCGCAGGCAGCAAGGCAUCCAGCAAUGCGCAGCUGGCCACAGCUGCAGCCCCAGAUUGGAAUGGAUAUAAUCCCCUCCUGGACUAG